GAUUUGAGAAAUUGAUAUGAUUGUUAGUUUGAAUGAUUUACUGGUUCAUUGAUUUGCCAGUCAACAGAGGCGGAGAUAACGGUGGAGAUGUACAGAAAGAGAAUGUGAGCGAAAAGGAGAGACUCAGGAAGUCAACAGGGGAAGUUUAGUGGUUUCUUGCGUCAUUGCUUGCUGCUGCUUGGUUGUGCCUGUGCAGAGUGAAGAGUGCCACAAACACAAUGACAUACCGCAUGACCCAGCAGAAUAGCUUAACACAGCUCAGUAUAGCACAGUAAAGUAAUACACUUCACCCAGUUAAACAUAAAGCACAAUAAAAUUCAAUGAAGAAAACAACACCGCCUAUAAUAUUAACAGCACAUUGUAAAUGUAAAUGAAAUCCACGUUACCAUACAGAAAAUACAUAUAUUAGACAAUCACGCACACACCUGAUAGACAACAGGGCUGAAUGUGAGAGGUUGAGGCAGGAGAAAAGAAGAGAUGCGGAGACUCCGGAGAAAAGGAGGGAACAAUGAGAAGGUGUUUGGUUGUCACCUGUUGGACCACCUGGCUACAAGCUGUCAGGAGAUUCCUCAGGUGCUGCGAAGCUGCAGUGAAUUCAUUGAGAAGCAUGGGGUUGUAGAUGGGAUCUACAGGCUAUCUGGGGUGUCAUCCAACACGCAGAAACUUCGGGGUGAGUUUGACAGUAAGGGAACCCCAGAUCUCAAUAAGGAUGUGUACCUGCAGGACAUUCACUGUGUCAGCUCUCUCUGCAAGGCCUACUUCAGAGAGUUGCCCAAUCCUCUCCUCACAUACCAGCUCUAUGACAAAUAUGCUGAAGCUGUGGCAAUUCAGCUAGAGGACGAAAGGCUGGUGAAGAUCAAGGACGUGCUGAAGGAAUUACCCGCUCCCCAUUACAGAACUCUAGAGUUCCUGAUGCGUCACCUUGUAAAGAUGGCUUCUUAUUCCUCACACACCAACAUGCAUGCCCGGAACCUCGCCAUUGUUUGGGCUCCAAACCUACUCAGGUCAAAAGACAUUGAGGCGUCAGGGUUUAACGGUACUGCAGCCUUCAUGGAGGUGAGGGUCCAGUCCAUCGUAGUGGAAUUCAUCCUCACCCACGUGCCCCAGCUGUUUCCUGGUUCAGGUCUGGAGUGUCUUAAGUCAUUCCCAUCUCCCUCUAUACACAAUCCAGAGAAACGUUUAUUCCCAGCCAUUCCACUCCAGUUAGGCAACAUCAGCCCAGGGGACGGCCCCCCGGCCAUGCGCUCCUAUCACGCCAUCAUCGACGGCACAGACAAGAGGAAGGGAUCUCUCAAGAGCAGGAAGUGGAAGUCCAUCUUCAAUUUAGGAGGCAGACUCCAAGACCCGAGAGGAAGGAACAAGAACUCAACCAAAGAAAAAGAGAGAACUGUCUUAAGGCCAGCCAAGAGCAUGGAUUCCCUGAGCUCAAUGCCCUAUUCGCAUGAAGGUUGCAGACAACGAGCCCCUUCCACUGUCAUAUCCCCCCUGGCUCAGCCCUCUCUCUGUCCCCAAAGUGGUGUGGAUGGAGGGGCAUCCACUAAUGGUAGUGAUGUGGGCAGCGGGUAUGCUGUGACCUUCCGGAGGGGUCAGGGGGCUAGUGUGAGUGUAGUGAGCGGGGGCGGGGGAACCAAGGGCACAUACAGUCGACUGGGCAGUCACAGUAGGGGCAACAGCACUGAGGCUCUGCAACCCCCAUCCAGAUCCCCAGGAAUCUCCAGCAAAGCAGACCGGCGGGCAGGGAUACACAUCUCCGGACCAUUCUCAGUCACCGUCCCCCUUCACAUCACAUCAGGCCUGGCCUUUGGGGUGCUGCAGGGGGGUGGUGCAGAAAGGCGAAACCAUAGCAGAGGAGAGGGGAGAGGAGAUAAGGGAGAGGGUGGGGAGGGUGUGAGACAGGAGGGAGGGGAAGGGGAAAGGCACAUUCGAGUGGCAGUUGUGGGGGAGGACGAGACUGACGGAGUCAAGAGAAGAGAUCAAGAGGUAUCGGAGGAGAGGAGAGAUAUGGAUGAUAAAGUUGAAGGAAAAGAAGACAGAGGAAAGGAGGAGGAACUGAAUGGGGACUGUGUAUCUAAGCCAUCAGAGGAGAGGGGUGAAGAGGGUGGAGGAGAGGAUAAAGUAAACUAUGAAAACGAUGAAGAGGAGGAUGAAGAGAGAGAACACAUGGAAAUCAAAGGCUCUGUGCAGACUGCCCUGGAUGCCCCAAAUGGUGUCAGAAAUGAGGCAGUUGCCACACAUGUGCCGUACCCUACGACGAUGGAGGAGGACGAUGCACAAGUCCAGGACUGUCCACUAGACUUUCAGGAUACUUUUGGAUUCCUGGACCUCAUGGACAGCAGUGCCUCCACCAAGAUGUUCCAGGCGUUACCAGUAGAGCCUCAUCAUGCGGGAGAUGAGUAUGAGGACGAGGUGGAGCAGAGAUCCCCUGGACUCUCACAUGACAAACCAGACUCUGUCACACAGCCACCUGUAGACACACAGACACAAAUACAGACAGGCUGCCAAACAGAGACACACACACUGAGGCAGACACAAACUCCCAAACACAGACCUCUAAGCUUUGAUCAAUAUGGACGAGCCAACAAGUCAAUGAGUCUACCUUACAUAUCCAGGCCUUUCAUGCCUGCUCGCUGCUCUUCCUCUGAAGAAGAGGAUAAUGAUGACGAAGAUGCUGAUUACGACAGAGAAGAUGAGGAGGACGAUGAUGACAUGUUCUGUAAAAGUCUACCAUCUAGUUUGGUGUUCAAUAGACUGACAUGGAGUGGGCCUCAGACUGACAUGGAGAAUGGUUUGUCCCUCCCUGCUAAGCCCUCACAACAAUUGGACAAUGUUUCUGAUGACAGGUCCAUAGGAAUUGGUCUAUCACAGAGUUCUGAGGCCAGAAUGCCUCCUGGGCACUUGGACAUUGAUUCCCCUGAUUACUGUAACCCGUCAGAAGAGGUCUUGAGGCAAAGCAAGGCUGAAGAAGAGAAUAGACUGGAAGCGAUAGACCUGUUGGAGGAUACAAGGCAGGAUCCAGACAACCAGGAGAAAGACCAGGCAGACACACUGACGAAUACAUGCACAGAAAGCACUGAGAUACAAGAAUGUUGUCACUCGGUUGAAACGAGCAUGAUGAAGGAAGAGGAAACACCAGGUGACAUUGAGAGGGGCCUCACUUCAGCAUCCUCUUCGACUGACUGUGAGGAGGCCUCACUGCAGACUACUGCAGACGAAGAGGACACUGGAGUUCAUCUGCAGCUCAGAGACGAGGAGGACCUGAAGAGUCACUGUGGUGAAGGUGUGAUUUCAGAGGGUUACAAUGGCGAUCCCGUGAGCAAAGCCGAGAAAGAAGAUUCACAAGAGCAUUUACUCACUGCUUGUCGUAUAGUUUCCUGUGCUGAAGAGCCAAAGAACAUACUCAAUGAGCGAUCGGAGGUAGUUUCAGCUGGGGGCGCAAUGGAGCAGCCUGAAAAUAGUGCUGAGAGGGAUAGCGAGGGAAAAAAGGAAGAUGUAGAGGAAGAGAUGGAGGAAAGAGAAGAUAGAAAUGGGGGAGAAUUUAAACAAGAAGGAGAGGUAACAAGAAUUGAGACUGAGGAGAGAGAGUUAUUAAAGGAGUUGGAAGAAACAGAAGGGGAGGACUUUGGGGCGAGGGAGCAAAAAGGAAUGAUUGAAGAAGAGGAAAGGAUAGCAGGUGAGGAAGGGGAAGUAGGAGAAGACAUUUAUGAGAUAAUGAGCGUAUUAGCCAGGGAUGACAUGAUGGAAAGUGGAGAUAGGAAGGAUAGGGAAGGGGAGACUGAGGAACGUAAAGUUAUGGAGGAGGUGAUAGAAACCAAAGAGGGAGAGAGUAUCAGAGUACAGCAGAAAGAGAUAGGUAAGGAAGGAAAGAGUAGGACAAGUGAUGAGAUGAGUGCAAAAGAAGAGAUGAAGCGAGAGGUGGAAGGAGUGGAUACCAUGGGAGAGACUGAGGUAGAGGCAGCUGAAGAGGGGAUGGAGAAUAUGUUGAUUGAUAAUGAGGAGCAUAAACAGGACCUAGAGGCACAGCAUGUUUUAGAGAGAAGAGAAAGAGCUAUAGAUCUGAUGAAGGAUGUUGUGGGAGAGGGAGAUGAGGAGGGAGAUAAAGAGAUGGAAGUGGGAGGUGUAAUCAGGGAUGAAGAAGGAGAUAGUAUACAUGUGGUCCAACAGGAGACAGAGGAACAUGAAUCAACAGGGCCAAAUAAGGAGAACCAAGAGAGGGAGAAUGAAGGAGAGACAAAAGACCAACUACAGAUACCAACAAUAAUAGAGGAAAGCGAGGAAGAACUGAAAGAGGUCCAGAUUUACAUAAAAUAAUUGAAUGAAGGACAGAAGGAAGGGAGAGGUAGUAAAGUGGGGUCUGAAAAGGGGGUGGGGAGAGUGCUGGUCAGGUCUAAACAAAAAACACCCCCUAAAGUGUUUCAAGCAAGAUCAGUGCCAAUGGUACCACCCAAGCCACAUCACUGCCGAAUAACUGCACUGAACCUCAGACAAGAGCAGCAGAGGGAGAGGAGAGAGGCAGACCGAGCCAGGGGGAAGGGAAAGGUACACAGGGCUUUGGGACAGCAAGAUAAGGACAAAGAGAGAAAGAUGGAAGGAAAGCCAGAGCAUGACAAAGUCUGCGAGACAGAACAACAGUGGAAUGAUAAAUGGGAAGAUGAGGGGAGAGGCUAAAGGGAGUGGCAGGCACAGUGGGGAGGGGAGAGGAGGAGAGAUGUGGAAGAGGGGGGAAUGAGAGACAUGAUGAAAAACAGUCAAAUAAGUAUGUGUUUUGAUGAAGCUGUUGAAAUGGAAAUCGAGAGGGAGUGAGGAAGAGGGCAGUGAGGGAGAAACAGAAAGAUUGAGGAUAUGAAGUACAAUAAAGAGAAAGAUGUGGACAAAGACGCCAGUAAAUGUUGUAGUCAUCGACUCUGUCUGGAUGGUUAGUAUACAACUGAUCAUUUAUAUACAAUAUAUAAAUACAUAAACAUUUAUUUUACAUUUUUAUUAUACUCCCUGGGCCUAGAACCGGCCCACUCAGACUCAGGGCAACUCUGAAAACUGAUCCUUCGCACUCUCUCUCUCUCCCUCUGUAAAUGUCCUCCUUUUUGUUGCUGGUUUUAACCUAUUAAUGUAUCUUACCAUUUUAACUGCUUGGUUUUAAUCAAUCAGCAAAGAGCUGUCAAUGUACACCAAGUAUGGAAAUCUCAGGUAUCACAUCUCAUGCAUAACCACAAUCGUAUUGUUAAGAGUGAGCAAGCAAAUGGUGAGAAAGCAAAUGUAAUAACUUCUUAGGAGUUAAUGAGGGCAAUGUGUUAAGGGCAAUGUGUUAUCAUUUGUGUCAAUUCCAUAAAACAAUGAAUUUUCUGUUUUAUUUGUUUUUGUAAAUAACCUUCUUCUGCAAAGAAAAGUGUCCGUCGUAUUUGUAUUUUCAAAAAUAAUUUCACUAGGAGCUAGCAGACAAUAAAAACAGGUAGCUAGGCGUUUAUUACUGAUUUCAAAUUAAUAUCCCAUAUAAGUACAUUUAUUUGAAAGCGUUUGCUACUUUCUGUCGUCAUUUCCGUUAUCCAUCUUUCCGGAAGUUUUUUUUCCCCCUUCCACAAACGUUGCAGUUUGCUAGCUUCGAGAAGCUGUACAAUAGAAGAAACGAUUAUGUUAUAAACAUUUGCAUAUCUGCAUAUUUGUUUCUGUGUAACAACAGUGAUUUUAUUUGAUGAGCAAUGUCUAACACCGUUUCUUUUAGUACACAAAUAGGUGCAAUCAUGGAUGUGCUAGCAAAGGCAGCUGUUGCAGAAAUAACCAAAUUUGUAGACGAGGGUACUGUCGUUCUACGGCUGGAAAUGUGUCGGAAAGAAAAUGAGAUAGAAGGCCUUAAAAAUAGUUUACAGCUGAUGGAAAGAGAACUGAGGAAAGCUCAAAGGGAAGCAGCAGCACGAGGGACAAAUGACAGGCAACAUGCUGAAGGAAUUCAGCUUGGGAGUGGGACCUCACAAAAAGGUAAUGAAGAGGACCAGAAAUCCAAAGCCACGCCUGUAGAGGACCCGGAGAAGUUCAAUGAGCUGCAGAGCUCAGGAAACCUUGUGGAGGCGAGGGGUGGACUGGAGUUGCUGGUGAAAGCAGAGCAGGUGGAAAAACAUGUAGCCCAGGGAACUGUACAGGACCCAGGAAUCACAGGCAGUUUGGACUUUAGAAUGGAUGAGAGAGAUAGUCAGCUGUGGUUCUCUGUUACACAAGGACUAAGUGGGAAUGAUUCCACUCACCCAGAUGGGUCUUACACUACAGAGAGAUGCUUACAGAUGUUUUCCUCUCAGGCAGAUCAAUAUCCCGUUCCCAUCCCAUCCCAUCCUGCUUCCUGCAACUCUUUGUCUUCUGCAGAGAAACCACUUAAUGACAUUUUCAGCACUGUCCCAGUGAAAGUGGAGCCCGAGUGGCAUCCUCUUUAUCAUGGCGAUGCCAUGUCUGAGUCCUUUCAAGCCGACCAGGGGCAGUACAGAGAUACUCUGCACCCUGUUGUGAUGGAGGGCUUGAUUUUACAGCCUCGACUGCAGCAGCCAGGACCUUCUUCACAAGGGCUCAUGAGAGCAACUGAGAACACAUCUGAGUCAAACUCACACAGCAAUGAGCAUAUUCUUAAUAAGAACAGAUUGAAAACAAAAAGAAUGGUCAACGUUUGGAGAGCUGUACCAAACCAAAAAGUGUUCAUAUGCUCAUUGUGUGGAAAGAGCUUCCACCGCCACUGUCAACUUGAAGCACACCAGCACUCUCAUGCUGGAGUCAAACCAUAUAGAUGUCUUGAGUGUGGGAAAAGUUUUACGCAGAAAACCAGACUUAAGUCCCAUCAGAGUGUUCACACGGGUGAGAGACCUUUCAGUUGCAGACUCUGUGGCAAGAUGUUUGCAAGGCAGGACAACUGCCAAAGACAUGAGCGAUUUCACAGUGGACAAAAGCCAUUUAGUUGUGUGCAGUGUGGUAAAAGUUUCACGGUUCUCGGUAACCUCAAAAUACAUCAAAAACAUCAAUGUAAAUUUGCCAAUGUAAGAAUGUAAGAACAUGUUGUUCAGUGUCUUCCUCGGCGUUGUACAGUUAACCCUAACUGUGUCUUCUUGAAAAACAUGUUUAACAAUUAUUUCACCCAAUUAUUUCACCCUACUACUAACAACUCAAGUAAUAACUUCCAAUUGUUUUGUUUUUUUCAUCUUGAUGUUUAUUUAGGAAAUUACAGAGCUCAAAAAAAGGGAUGUCAUAUUAGAACGGCAAUUUGCCUGGAAUUUUUACUAAUCUCAACAAUAUGACAUAAAUCACGUGAUAUGCUUCAAGGGAUUUAUAGGAAGGUAAGCAUUGUUAAAUGAUGUCAAAUUUGAACAAAUAAUUGUCAUUUUGUGUGUCAUACCAUGAAUAUUAAAUGACAUCGAAUUUAAUGGAUUUUCAGGUUGUAUAUAGUGCAAUCAGGGCCGGCUCCAGGCAUAAGCGGUCACUUGGGGCUCCUGGGGGGCACACUGUUGUGGUCUCAACUUAGUUACUAUUGAGAGUAAGAAUAGUAAAAUACACCAGGUGCAAUUUAGAAAUGUGCUUGUGCACCUGCAGAUUGUUCUCUUGUUAAUUCAGUCAAUCAAGUUACUGACAAUUACAGAGGAGCUGCACCAGGAUUACACGUGCGCAAACCGUGAACAGGACAUCAGCGCUGUGACUUUACCUGCGUGCGUGGAAUUAGAUCAGUAGCACUUGGUCUCUUCUGCAAGGAAUAUAUUGACUUUGCAUCCAAUAUGGGUAGACCAGUGGAGGCUGCUGAGGGAGUACGGCUCAUAAUAAUGGCUGGAACGGCGCAAAUGGAAUGGCAUCAAACCAUGUGUUUGCUUUAUUUGACACCAUUCCACUCCAGCCAUUACCACAAGCCCGUCCUGCCCAAUUAAGGUGCCACCAACCUCUUGUGUGGUAGACUAUAUGAUAACACCCAUCUGCAGUCAAUUAACCUCGCUCAUUAAUCAACAAUUGAACAGUAGCUGGCGAUCCUCUGCAGGCCAUAAGAAAUGCACAUCAAUUGAUUUUGUUGAAAAAAACAAAGAGGAAGAGGCAAAGCGAGAGGGUUCUUUGGAAUUACUUUUGUGCCUUUCAUUUCAAGCAAACCUUUUGAAUUUGAGAACAAUUUUCUUAGUGUUACACGAAAAAUUAUGAUAUUGAAAGCAAAACAUUAACCCAAUAGUAUUGAGAGCAGAAUAAAUAAUAUUGAAAGGCAAGAACCAAUGAAUUGUAAAUUAAUGCAAAAAAAAAUAUAUAUGAAUGCCCCCCAAUUUUAUUUUGUGAAACAUGUUUUCAAUGAUCGCGUGAUUGCGAUGAAAUGCUUCCAUCUUUGCCUGCAAUUUUUGGUUAUGUUACCUUGUCCUUUGCUUUUGCUGCCUUUUUUUGCAGUUGCAAAGUUUUGGCACAUUCAUUUAAUUUAAGCUGGUUUAAGAGGGAGCCUAAGAUGAUGAUGCUAUUCUAUUGGUCAACCAGUUUUGGAGUGAUAGGCCAGCCUCACUCAAUGAUCCAGUUUGUUUAAGUCCUAGCUACAUAUACUGUAUAUACAAAAGUAUGUGGACACCUCUUCAAAUUAGUGGAUUUGUCUUUCAGCCACACCCGUUGCUGCGUGUAUAAAAAUGAAAAUGUGUCUCCAUAGACAAACAUUGGCAGUAGAAUGGCCUUACUGAAGAGCUCAGUGACUUUCAACAUGGCACCGUCAUAGGAUGCCACCUUUCCAACAAGUCAGUGUAUCAAAUUGCUGCCCUGCUAGAGCUGCCCAGGUCAACUGUAAGUGCUAUUAUUGUGAAGUGGAAAUGUCUAGGAGCAACAACGGCUCAGCCGCAAAGCCGCGAGCGUCGGCUGGAGUGGUGUAAAGCUCGCCGCCAUUGGACUCUGGAACACAUUCUCUGGAGUGAUGAAUCAAGCUUCACCAUCUGGCAGUCCAACGAACAAAACUGGGUUUGGCGGAUGCCAGAAGAACGCUACCUGCCCGAAUGCAUAGUGCCAGCUGUAAAGUUUGGAGGAGGAAUAAUGGUCUUGGGCUGUUAUUCAUGGUUCAGGAUAGGCCCCUUAGUUCCAGUGCAGAGAAAUCUUUAACGCUACAGCAUACAAUGGCAUUCUAGAAGAUUCUGUGCUUCCAACUGUGGCAACUGUUUGGGGAAGGCCCUUGCCUGUUUCAGCAUGACAAAUGCCCUCGUGCACAAAGCGAGGUCCGUACAGAAAUGGUUUGUUGAGAUUGGUAUGGAAGAACUUGACUGGCCUGCAUAGAGACCUGACCUAAACCCCAUCAAUCACCUUUGGGAUGAAUUGGAACGCUGACUGUGAGCCAGGCCUAAUCGCCCAACAUCGGUGCCCGACUUCACUCUAAUGCUCGUGGCUGAAUGGAAGCAAGUCCCCACAGCAAUAUUCCAACAUCUAGUGGAAACCCUUCCCAUAGGAGUGGAGGCAGUUAUAGAAGCAAAGGGUGGACCAACUAUAUAUUAAUGCCCAUGACUUUGGAAUGAGAUGUUUGACGAGCAGUUGUCCACAUACUUUUGGUCAUGCAGUGUAUCAUGUCUAGAUGCAUUGUAGCUUAAUUCACCAUAAAACAAAACAGAAUUGCAAACUAAAUUGGUAAAUUAACCCAGAUUUCAAUUUCAUUGUAAGUCAUACAAAAAGUCAUUUACAAACAUGUUAAGUUUGUUUUUCUGAUAAUCUGUCAAGGAAAAAAAAACUUUGCUCUGUAAGUUUUUAUUUAGAAGAUGAAAGGACAUUUGAGUAGUUUGUUUUUCACUGUAAAAAAAACGUACACUUUUUUCCAGUAAAGCUGCUUUUCCUCAUUUCAGACUGUGGCCUAAAGACAAAAACUAUGUUACCAAAAUGAUACAACAGAAAACAAUAGGGCGACAUCAUUAGCUAGCCUUCCAUCUAACUGGCGACAGAUUUUCAUGUGAAUAUUCUAAAAUCUGCAUGAAUAAAAUACACCU